AUGGCGAGAACCAUUCCUUUUCCAAUUCAAAACAAGACUGCCCGUCCCUGGGACCCGGUUACUCAAGGCUCUACGGGAAACCUGACAAGCCAUGAUAGCCAGAAAAGAGCAAGCUGUGGAGGUCCAUCUCCGGACAGUCCCAGCAAGUUCUGGUAUGAGACGAUUACUCACAACGGGGAGUCGUCUUUCUUGGACUCGACCUACAAGAACAACUACAAGGUCUUUCGCAACGUGGUGACCGACUUUGGAGCGGACAACACCGGUGCUAAGGAUGCGUCUGUUGCCAUUCAGAAUGCCAUCAACGCCGGGGCCUCCAAUGGCCCUAACCGGGCUAGCCACUCCAUGGGCACCACGGGUCAACCUGCAAUCAUCUACCUGCCAGCCGGGACCUACCUAAUGGAGGGAAGUCUUCAGCUCUACGUUGGUACCGUCAUUGUGGGUGAUGCCCUCAAUCCGCCUACUCUCAAGGCUAGCGCCAACUUCCCCAACGAUCAUAUUGUCCACGGGAAAGAUAACAACCUGGGCGGCACAAUCAACUUCUACAUUGGCUUCAAGAAUGUGAUUAUUGAUUCUACGAGCGUUGCUGCUUCCAAGUCAAUCACCUUGUUGGACUGGACCGUCUCGCAGGCCACGCAGCUGACAAAUGUCGUCUUCAACAUGCCGACGUAUUCGAACCAUAACGAUCUUACCUUCAAUGGUGGUGCUAUUGGCAUGGAGCUGAGCGGCCAACAGUGGAUCCUCAAGGGCAUCACCGUCAACGGAGCCAACGUUGGUAUCAAGGCCGGCGCAUUUCAGCUCGUCUGUCUGGAUUGCAAUCUGUCAAAUGGUGCCACGGGUAUCGAUGCCAGUGGAAUCUCUGGCUCACUGACCGUCAUCGAUUCCAGCGGCAAUUCUCUCGGUAACAUGAUCGUCUCCUCUAAUGCUGGUGGUAGUGCUCAGAACUCGAUCAUCCUGGAGAAUGUGCAGUGCACCAACAGCGGCAGCACCGUCUCGCUUAACAAUAAUGCGGUAUUCUCUGGCUCGGUGACAAACACCUGGGUGCAUGGAAAUAUGUACUCCGGAGGAGCUACCACCCCUGCGAAAGAGCAGGGCACGCAAGUAACCACGCCUCGUGCAAAUGUUCUUCUCGGAGCCACUUCCAAGUACUUUACCAAGGCACCGCCGACAUACGCUCAGUACUCGUCCAGCCAGUUUAUCAAUAUCAAGACUGUGAGCGGUCUCCCUGUUAUGGGAGAUGGCGCCACCGACGACACGGCGAACAUCAACACCAUCCUGGCUCAAUAUGCUGGAUGCAAGAUCAUUUACUUCCCUGCCGGCACGUACAUCGUGACAGGGACUAUCUUUGUUCCCGCUGGCUCGAUCAUUGUCGGGGAUGCGUAUGCCUCGGCGAUCAGUGCUACUGGCUCCAACUUUUGGAAUCCUGAUGCUCCAACGACGAUGGUCAAGGUCGGGAAUGCGGGUGACGUGGGCGUCGCCCAGUUCACAGAUAUGCUGUUUACGGUGGCCGAUGUUCUUCAAGGCUGCAAAUUGGUCGAGGUAAACAUUGCCGGAGCAGCUCCUGGCGACGUAGGAUUCUGGAACUCGCAUUUCCGUAUCGGCGGUGCAGUCGGCUCCAAAGUACAAACCAAUUGCUACGGCACCCCCGACCAGUGCAAAGCCGCCUGGGGCUUGCUCCAUCUGACCAGUACCUCCUCUGCGUAUAUCGAGAACAUGUGGGGAUGGACCGCAGACCACGACCUGGACGGCAACGGCGGCACAACCACCGUCGCCACCGGCCGUGGUCUCCUCGUCGAAGCCACCAAGGGAACCUGGCUGGUCGGAACGGCUAUGGAACACCACACCCUCUACCAGUACAACUUCGAGUACGCCCAGAACGUCUUCUCCGCCUUCCAGCAGAGCGAAACCCCCUACUGGCAGGGCUGGGGCAGUCCCGAUCUGGCCCCUGCGCCAUGGUCCUCGAACCUGAUCGCCAGCGAUCCCGACUUCAGCAACUGCGAUGCCAGCGAUGCAGGAUGCCGCAUGGCGCUCUUUGAGCGAAUCCGUGGCUCCUCCAACUUGUUCCUCUACGGAGGCUGCGUCUGGGCGUUUUUCAACCACAACGGUGGAUGUAAUGGGGACUGCCAGGCGAACGCCGUCCGCAUCCUGUCGUCGGCUGGCUCGGUAUAUCUCUACGGUACCAACGUCAAAUCGAUCAGCAACAUCGUGCUCGAGAACUCCGUUGCCGCCGCAAAGGAAAGCGACAACUAUGGCGGCUGGGGCGGCGUCGUCGCCGCGUAUCUUCACAAUGUGGGCACAAGCAGUCGCAGGCGCAGGUCCGGCGAUGUGAACGGCGCCGCGGUUACCGGUAACGGGUUAAACUGGUAUAGCUCUUCUCUGACCAACGGCGCAGCCGGAUACCAGGAUCCAGAAUACUACUACUGCUUCGGCGGGUCGGCUGCCAACUUCCCACCACUUCAGAACUGGAUGGGCUUCACGGCGAUGUUUGAUCUGAACCAGCAAACCUCCAUGGCACUGGUCGAGUCGGGUCCCAUCCAGGGAGAUAUCUGGAAUGCCAUCGUCGAAGUAUCUGCCGCGGCCAAGGUCGAUCCUCGGUUGAUCCUGGCAGUAGUUAUGCAGGAGUCUAGCGGCAAUGUGUACGUUGGCUGCACGAAUAACGGCGUCGAAAAUUGCGGGCUGAUGCAGGCCUACGCGGGGUCGGUGUCGUUCGAUCCCAACAAUCCUCAGGGAAGCAUCACUCAGAUGAUCAUCGACGGUACACAGGGCACGGCACAAGGCGGUGGCCUCGUCCAAUGGUUCAACAAUGACAAUGUCGGAGCCGACACUGGUGGCAACCCGUACAGUGUGCUCCGGGGCUACAACUCGGGCAGCAUCAACUUUAACGAUCUGGAUGAUCCUCAGGGCGCUACUGCAUCGUAUGUCAGCGAUGUGGCCAACAGAUUGCAGGGAUGGAAUGGCAAUGAUGGUCAUGGAUACAGAGCUGCUUGUGGAUGGUAG